UUCCAUGGAUGCUUGCUGGCAGUAAAAUGGGUCCAACUAUGCUAGCCGCUCGUUUGCAACAAUCUGUCACUCCUAAUGCGCUCCGAUCAUACCUUGCAGAGUUCAUCUCCACAUUCUUCUUUGUUUUUGCGGUUUUGGGAUCUGCCAUGUCAUCGCGGAAAUUGAUGCCCGGUGCUACCUCGGACCCAUCGAGUCUGGUUGCGGUAGCCAUCGCCAAUGCCUUCGCAUUGUCGUCUGCUGUGUAUAUCGCAUCGAACAUCUCAGGCGGGCACGUGAAUCCGGCCGUCACCUUUGGAAUGGCCGUAGGAGGCCACAUUAGUGUCCCGACCGCCCUGUUUUACUGGGUUUCUCAGAUGCUGGCCGCUGUCAUGGCUAGCCUCCUUUUGAAGCUGACUGUAGUUGGACAGCAUGUUCCAACCUACACUAUUGCAGAAGAAAUGACCGGGUUUGGAGCGUCACUGCUGGAAGGUAUCCUAACAUUUGCCUUAGUGUACACUGUCUAUGCUGCUGCGGAUAGCAGGCGUGGCGCCAAUAUUGGACCCCUAGCAAUAGGGUUUAUAGCAGGAGUUGGUGUGUUGGCAGCAGGGCCUUUUUCUGGUGGAUCUAUGAACCCAGCUUGCGCAUUUGGAUCUGCCGUCACUGCAGGAAGUUUCAAGAACCAAGCUGUUUACUGGGUUGGACCAUUGAUCGGUGCAGCAGUUGCAGUUCUUCUCUACGAUAAUGUGGUUUUCCCUUCUCGAUCACAGGAUCCUGUUAGGGAGUCCCGGAGGCCGGAGUUGGGAUUUAAUUAUUAUUAUUAUUAUUUUUAAUCAGAUCUAUAUUACAUUCUAUUUGUUAUUUGUUGUUGAAGUUUGUUUAUUUGAGACAUGCAAGAAGUUUUGUGAAAUGUUCCCUAAAUAGCAUAAUUUGGUUGCAUGCUGUCAA